GCAAACGGCCCUAUCGUAGCCACUCGCAGUGCUCACUGAGUCGUCGUCUUGACAACAUUUAGCAGUUCAAUAAUAAUUGGAGAUUUCAUUUCGAUUUCAGUGAAAUUCUUAAAUUUACAACUAAUUUUCUGCGUCGUGUGCUACACUGAAAUAACAGCUGACAUAAUGCCAGAGAAACAAAUUGCACCAGUUAUCAGUCGUCUGGAGGAGUUCGAAAAGAAUUUGCCAGGUUACCUGGACACACACAACAAGCUGGCCAUACUCCUGGAUUAUGAUGGCACCUUGGCGCCCAUUGCUGACAAUCCCAACAAGACAAAGAUGCCCGUUGAACUGGAAGCCAUAUUGCGUAGGUUGGCCAAGCAUCCGCAAAUAUUUAUGGCUGUCAUUUCGGGUCGUGCGUUAAGGGAUGUGCACGCACUUGUCAACAUCGAUGGCGUUACCUUCGCUGGCAAUCAUGGACUUGAGAUUGAGUAUCCGGAUGGCUCACGUCACGACUUUGAGCUGCCCGGUGAGAUACAGCGCAACUAUAAGGCCAUGGUGGAUGAGCUGAAGCAAUCUGUGGAGAAGCAUGGCGCCUGGGUGGAGGAUAAGCGCGUCUCUCUCACCUAUCACUAUCGCGAUACACCUAAGCAGCUGAAGGAUGAGCUGAAGCAUUUGGCGAUAGACAUCUGCCAGCGACAUGGUUUUCGUCCCAAUCAGGCGCACGAGGCCAUCGAGGCGAAGCCCCCAGUUGACUGGAACAAGGGCGAGGCGGCACUUCACAUUCUAAAGACUAAAUUUGGCGACGAUUGGGCUCAAGAAGUGCGCGUGGUAUUUGCAGGCGAUGAUACCACAGAUGAGGAUGCCAUGCGGGUACUUCAGGGCUUGGGCCGCUCAUUCCGCAUUGCUGCCGAUGCACAGAUUCAAACCUUUGCGGAUUUCCGUCUGCCCAAGCAGGAUCUCAUGACGGAUCUGCUCAAAUGGAUAUCCACAGUUUAUGUCUCUUAAAAGUGUUAGCUAAUUAAGUGAAUUUAUUUAGAGUUUAGUCUUAUGCAUAAGAAACUGCAAUUUGUUUAAACAUAAUCACAUUUAAAUAUUGUUAAUUUUGUUUAAAAAACUCUUAUAAAUAUAAUAAUUACAUCUUUUGCAUAACAGAACUAAAG